UUUGCCGUAUUGUCCUUUCACGGGUAUAUCUAUUCUCCGUACUAUAAUGCUCUCCCGCCGACUGUUACGUUUCGAAGCAUUUGCGGCACUCGCUCUUUCGUGCCUUUCAAUACUCAUCCCUGCUGUUGGAGCAGCUUCUUGGCCGGGGACUCCAGAGGGCCCCCGUGAUGUGUGUGGGCUAAUUGCUGCGUCCGUCUCUGCUGCGUCAGCGGUCUACUAUCCCAAUACCGCAAAUUAUGACUUAGAUAACUACCACUUUGCGUCUUCGAGUUCGCAAGCAAGUGAAUGUUCUGUCGAGCCCGGCACUGUGGAAGAUGUUGCUACCAUCAUCAAAAUAGUAGGCAUGACGAGAACGCCGUUUGCGGUCAAAAGUGGCGGUCAUAACACGAACCCCGGCUUCUCAUCUGCGACUGGCGUCCAGAUUGCCAUGUCACGUUUUAACAACAUCACAAUCGACUCGACAGCUCAGACAGCGACCAUCGGCGCGGGACUCAUCUUCGAUGAGAUUUAUGCCGCUCUGGAGGAGCAUGGGGUCAUGAUUUUGGGCGCCCGUGCUACAGGAAUUGGUGCCGGAGGAUUCAUUCUGGGCGGUGGCUACUCUUUCCUGUCAAACGAACAUGGAUUGACGGUUGAUACUGUUCGAGCAUUUGAGGCUGUCCUGCCUGAUGGGACUAUAACCACUGCUACAAACACCUCAAACUCCGAUUUGUUCUGGGCAUUGAAGGGUGGACAUAACAAAUUCGGAAUCGUGACGCAAUUCACCAUGGAUACAUUCCCUAUCGGUCAAGUUUGGGGUGGAUCGGUGAUGCUUCCUGUCACGAACUAUGACGCAGUGAAGGAUGCAACACUGCAGUUUUGGCAGAACGCGACAGAUCCCAAGGCAGACAUUUUGAUUGGUUUCACCGCAACGCAAAAUCAGACCUCCAUCGAAGUGGACCUCUUUUACGACGGACCUUCACCGCCUGCAGGGCUAUUCGAUGGCUUCAUGAACGUACCGGACGCAGCGCAGAUUACUAGCGCUAUGGAUGCUCGCUCCUAUUUAUCGCUAGUGCAAAGUGCUAACACCAAUGCUACGGCCGGAAUGCGCGAAUACUUCGACACGGUCUCAAUCACGAACCCCUCGUCCUCCUUAUUUGACGCCGUUCUGAACGAAACGACUUACUGGUACCAAACACUGGCAGCCGAGGUAUCUGAUCUUGUCGUACACUACGAUGUGGAACCUUUCCUCCGGAAUAUCUACUCGCAUGCCGGCGCGGACUCCUCUGCCUGGCCCCCGAGACGCGAUCAGAGCUUCACGCCCAUGCUCAUUGCCUACGCAUGGACGUCGCCGGACAACGACGGCCUCAUCAAUACGGUCAUGCAGCAAAGCACGAGACAACUCACUGAUCUCGCUAUGAGCGAAGGGCAGGACAUUGCUAACACUCCUCUCUACAACAAUUACGCUCUAUACAGCCACCCGGCUGAGAAGGUGUAUGGAAACAACCUCGGUCGCCUUCGGUCGAUCAGGGAGAGGUAUGACCCUCAGCGUGUUAUGGACCUUGCAGGAGGGUGGAACUUCUAAGGCGAGGCUGCAGGCCUCUCGUCAUGACGAAGCAGUUAUGUACAGCUCACUCAUAUAUAUUGUGGGCACGCCGCCGUACCUACCUAGUAACUUAGUAGUCGUUCAAUAUGGACACUAGACCCUGAAGUCUUCGCGCGAAUCUGGGUUCUAUUUAUCCCAACUUGAAUCUACUUACUAGUACUAGCAUUACAAGCCUGCCGAUUCUUAGCAGCUUAGCAGUAGUUGAUUCGUUCUGUGGACAGUAAGUGUAUGUGGCAUGUCAUUGAUCGUAUAAGUACGGUCGGAUACAGACAUUGAGACAAUUGCAAGGUAGAGUUGGUGUAGAAGUUGUGGUCACGUAGAGUCACAACCCUCCAUAACGGGCGCUUGUAAUACGAUCGGCCUCUGUUCUCU